CCCCUCCCAUCUGGGUGGAGAGAAACCACUUAUUUGCCCAGUAGUGGAGAAGCAGACACUUCCAAGGCACUGGGCUCAGAAAGCUCUUCAACGGGUGAUAAAAUGGGGAAUGUGGCUUGUGAGUGGCUGAGAAGCUGAGACUGCUCUGCUUUUCUUCAGCUGGGAACCAUCCCUGCCAUCAUAGGCAAAGCUUUGGAGUUUUUAAGGAUUCUAGUCACCUGCCAAGGUCUCUUCAAUCCAUGGAGUUAGAGCUGAUCUUUUGCACAAAGCUACAGAAAGAACUGAAUUGAGUUGUCUGUGGAGAAUCUGCUUUGGGGAAGAAAAGCCUGCUAGAUCUUUGCCUUGCAACUUCCACCCAGAGCCCCAUUUCCAUCCCAGUGCCCCCCACCCAGGCAGCAACCUCUCCACCUCUGGCCGGCUCCCUUGGGAGCCUCUCUCCACCUCAUUUCAUGGUAAGAGCUGAUUGAUUUCCUUUUUCUCUGCCUCCAGUGGGGAUUUGGGUGCCCAGAGUAGCCAUGGUGGGAUGAGAGCUGCUGCAUGCCUUUUGAAAACUCCGACUGCUGGCUGGUGGAAGUGAGAAUCCUGGUGGAAAAGCCCAUCUCGGCUGUACCCAGAACACCCGGGUCUGAGUGACUCUCCUCCUGGAGUCUGACAAUUCCCACGCCAUCAGAAGGGAAACUGCUCUGGACACAUCAGAAUGCUUUCUCUCCCUUGUAACCCCUCAGCUGGGCUUUCUCCUAUCAUGUUCUAAUCUGCCUCAACCCUAGGACCGGCUCCUAUCAGAAAGUGAGCCAGAAGCCUCUAGGUAAAGACUGGACUUGGCUUGGAAGGUGGUAAUUGGGCUUCCCCAUCUUGUAUGUUCUUAUGGAUUGCUGACCUGGUCCCGCCUGGCUUCCCUGCACACCUCUCGACCCCAGCUAUUCUUUCCAAGAUCCCUGAUUGGCCAUCAGCCCUACUUUCCGGUCUCUCCCACCUCCCCUAGCUGAGUCAGGCUGCUGCUGUCCUGCUGUCCGUGCUUCUGGUGUGACAUGGAGCUGGGCCCUUUCCCGAACGUCACCACCAAUGCCACCGUGGAAGGGCCAGGGGACAACAACAGCAAGUUUAUCACUUUCUUUCUGGGCUGUGUCCUGGCCUUGAUGUGUCUGGUGGGCACCAUUGGCAACAUCUACACCUUGGUGGUCAUAAAUUCUUCCAUGAAGCUGGGAGGCUCCAUGUACAUCUACAUCGUUAACCUGGCCCUGGCGGACCUCCUCUAUCUGUCCACGAUACCGUUUGUAGUCUGCACCUACUUUGCCAGGGAUUGGUACUUUGGGGACAUCGGCUGUAGGACCCUGUUCAGCUUAGACUUCCUCACCAUGCACGCCAGUAUAUUCAUCCUCACUGUCAUGAGCACUGAGAGAUACCUGGCUGUGGUGAAGCCCUUAGAUACCAUCAGCCGAUCUCGGAACUACCGAAGAAUGGUCACCGGCGUGGUGUGGCUGGUGUCCUUCCUCCUGGCUCUGCCCACUAUGAUCCUCAUAGACCUUCGCACAAGCCAUCGGGAUGGAGUGACCAAGCACAUGUGCCACCCUACUUGGCAGCUGGGGGCCUACAAGGUCUACCUCACCAUUCUCUUCCACACCUGCAUCCUGGCCCCAGGACUGGCCAUCUGCUACCUGUAUGGCCGGCUGGCCAGGACCUACUGGCAGUCCCAGACAGCUGUUGUCUUCACUGCUGAGAGGACCAAGAGGUACCCCCGGGAAAAGGUCCUUUACAUGAUCUUCAGCAUCGUCCUCACCUACUGGAUCUGCUUCAUCCCCUUUUGGCUUUGGCAGCUACUGAGCAUCUAUGACCAGCAGCCAGGGAGUAGGACCGGCAACACCAGAGUCUAUGUCAACUUCAUCGUCACUUGCCUGGCCUAUGGAAACAGCUGUAUCAACCCCUUCCUCUAUACUCUGCUCUCUAAUAACUACAAGGAAUAUCUCCAGAGCCAACAGAAGAGUGACAUCUGCUUGUCCAAACUCAGAAGCAAGAGGUCUCACCUGUCUGCGAGCCUCGGACAAACAGAGACCACGGCUAUUGUCCAGAUCAGCGGAACACUCUGCCAGGCCAGCUCUGUGUGAGAGUUCAAGUACCACCUUCGGAAUGAGACCUUUCCUGGUUCUCUUCAGCUGGGACCUUCUCUUCCCCUCUUCUCCAGAUUACUCCAUG